GACAAGGGAAAUAAUCAAAUCCUAUGAAGCAAGUUGUGAAAUAAUGAGAAUAAAAUAUACACAUUCGUCAUGUUUUCUACUGCUGGUUAUUUAAAAGGACUCAACUGUCCAUUCUUUAUCAGCGGACUGUGUGAACGACCAUACUGUCAUUUUAGACAUUCAAAAUCAGAACCAGAGGAAGGAAAAGUACAAAAGUCUGCAAGCAACUCAGUAUAUAUUGAUAGCUUAGUUGAUAAACCUUGGUCUUCAAACUCUUCAAUACAGAGUGAUGUUGUUAAUAGCAAAAAAGUUGAAGGUGAUUCUUUGAAAGACACACCAAGAAAUAUAAUUGGCUACAACAAAUAUACAGGAGAUCCUAUAUAUGAGGAUUUCAAACAAGAGACCUAUGAAGUAGAAGGGCCAAGUAAUAAUGAUUCAGCUAGUUUCAAUAAAUAUACAGGAAAGCCUGUAUACAAUGGAUCUAACACAACCAGUAUUAUAAAUAACAUACCUGAAUACAACCCAACUCCUAUUGCAGAGUUGAAGAAAAGCAAUUUGGACAAGACUUCAGUGAUUGACCAUUCUCAAAUCGAAAAUUUGAACCAGUAUGAUCCAGAGAAAAAUUUUUCUACACAUCAAGUAACUGCAUCACAUUCACUGCCCUCAGCUCCAAAGAGAAUAUUGAGUUAUGAGCCAACAAAUAUUCGUCCAGCAAAGCUUGCACGUAAAACUAGUUAUGAAUUUGAUAUAUCAAAAUUUAGUAGUGGUAGUGAAGAAAGUGAAAAUGAAAAGGAUAAAAUUGAAGAGCAGUAUUCACCUACAGAGAGCAGUUCAUAUCUGGAAAAUUAUGACAAAGAUAUAAUUGCUGAACAAAAAUUAACUGUUCCAGUCAAUGAAAAUGAAAAAGAGGAACUUCUAUCUGUUGAUACUAAUGUGAUGAAAGAUGUUAAAUACUUUGAAAAUCUUUUAUUGAGUAAUCCAGAGGAAUCCUCAUUUGAUGAUUUACAGAAGAGUCGAACAAUAUGUUUAAACAAAGAGGAUGGAAGUGUUGAAGAAAGACUGGUUAACAAAAAAAUAGCAACACCAGAAAAAAAGGAGAAAAAAAGUGGAAAUAAGUCACUAACAGAGUCAUUAAAACUAACUAAAAAAAAUUCUGAUAGCAGUAUUCAUAAAAAAUCUGAUAGUUCCCAUAAAGAUACUGGCAAACAUUCCUUAUCAAAGUCACAUAAAAGUAGGUCUAGUUCUCAGAAAUCUCACAGUUCUCAAAAAGCUUCUAAAGGAGAUGAAUCUUCUGAUCAAAAAUUAAAAUCCAAAUCAGCUGAAAAAAUUGUGGAAUCAGACAGGAAACCUAGUUCUAACAGGAGUUCUAGUAAGAAUAAAUCAGAAUCUAAACACACCAAAGAACAGCCAAAUUCAAACAGGAAAGUUAGUGGUCAUAGUGAUGGAAAAAGUAAAGACUCCAAGCUCCAUGUGUCAAAAGUGAAGAACCAUUCUAGUAAGUCUCAUAAGGAUCAUCAUUCUAGUAAAUCUCAUAAAGAUAACCAAUCUUGCAAAAAUUCUCUAGCAAAUUCUCAUGACAAGUCUAAAAAAUCUGAUGAAAGAAACUCUGGCAAAAAUUCACAUCAAAAGGAAACAUCAGAUGUACCACAGCGGAAGUUAGCAGAUAUUAGCAAGCAGCCAACUGUUAAAAGAAGAAGUGAUGAACAGAAAUCCAAAUUUAGUUCAACAGGAAGUAUGAAAUCUGAGGUUCCAUGUAAAGUGACUACACAAAGAGCAUCAUCAGACAGUAAACAUAUUGUAGAUAUUAACGUUGAUUUGUUUGGUGAAGAUAGUGAUAAAGAAAUCCUUGAUGAUUCUGAUUUAGAGCACCACCCACUGAUACAUGCUGAAGACUUAUCAGACAAUGAUACAUAUGAUGAAUGCUUACAAAUUUUUAAAGCAUCAGAACAUUCAAACACAAAGCACAAUUUAAAGAAAACACUUCCUGAGACAACAAAGAAUGAAGAACCUAUGAUAAUUUCAAGUAAAAAAAGAGUAGCUCAUAGUGCAAACUCAAAAGAGGUCAAAAGAAAAAUUCGAGAAAAACCCUACUCAAAGCUUUCCCCAGCACAAGUCAUGCACAACAGAUUCUUGGAGAUGAGAAAGAAAGCAUUAGAGGAGGCAGCUAAAUUACAUUCAGCAUCAACCUCAUUAUCAUCUUCAUCAUCUUCAUUGCAUCAACCAACACUGUCAAACAACAAAUCUAAGGGAGAUCACAAACAACAGUCUAGUUCAAGUAAUUCUAGAAUUACGGUGGUGUCUACUGCAUCAAAGACCAAGAAACGCCAAGCUAGAAUUCCAGAUGUGUCAAAUUUAGCACGACCACAAAUACCUGCUGAAUUUGGAAGUAAAGUCCCAACAAACAUCAGACAAAGAUACUUAAAUUUGAUCAUUGAUGAAUGCCUUAAGUUGUGUGAUAGUGAAGAAGAGGCAUUUAAAAGGGGCCAAGAAGAAGAAAUGGUAGUAUACAAAAGAAGUAACACAAAGACCAUAUAUUUGAAUGUCGCAAUUAAUGCUAUUAAAAGGCUGAGAAAUGAAAUAUCAGAAAGUUUACCAACAACUUCAAAACUGCCUAGAAUGAAUGCAAUGCAGUUAUCUCAUGAAGCUAUACUUGGAGGAAAAAAUGCCAUGAAGACAUCUUAUACAGUGAAACGAUCAGGAACUACUUCAAAAUUAGAAAAUUUUAAGGGUGCUGAACUAUAUAAACGACUUUCUAAGUAUAUUCUAUCAGAAGAUGAAUUGAAAGAGAAUGGAUUUCCAAUGGUUAAUCCAGAUAAACCAACAUCAGUUAUAAUUCAUAAUGAGAGAAGUUUAUAUAAGAAGAAUGAAAGAUUACAUGAGAAGAUAUGUGUGAGAUGUGGAAAAAAGUUUAUUGUUUACCCAACUGGAAAAUAUGCCAAACAAGAAGAAUGUAUUUAUCAUUGGGCUAAAGCUUGGAAACGAAAAGUUAAUGGUAUAUUUGACAGUAGAUAUAAUUGUUGCCAAGGAGAUUUCAAUUCUGAUGGCUGUCAAGUGGCUAAGAGUCAUGUCCAUGAUACAAAUAAAUGGGAGAAUUUAUCUGGUUAUAUGAAAACUCAACCAUGUUCUCCACCAGUCGAUGGGGAUUAUGGAGUGUUUGCAUUAGAUUGUGAAAUGGUAUAUACUACUGCUGGUGUAGAAUUGGCACGGAUAUCAGUUUGUGAUCAUGACAGCACAGCUGUAUAUGAAAGUUUUGUCAAACCUGACAAUGAAAUUGUUGAUUUGAACACAAGAUUUAGUGGCAUUACAGAAGAUGAUUUGGAAGAAGUAACAACAUCUUUACGUGAUGUGCAGGCUGUUCUUUUAAGUUUAGUAACAGACAAAACAAUUCUGAUGGGACAUAGCCUGGAAAGUGAUCUUACAGCUGUUAAGAUUACACAUGGCACAGUUGUGGACACUUCAUUAGUUUUCCCUCACAGACUUGGAAAACCAUACAAGAGAGCUCUAAGAACACUCAUGGCAGAAUACUUACAAAAAAUUAUUCAGGAUGAUGUUGGUGGACAUGACAGUAUGGAAGAUGCUGCAUCCUGUCUUGAAUUGAUGCAUAUGAAAUUAAAAGAAGAUGCCAGGAAAGAAAGAUGAAAGUUUAAUCGAUUUGACAAGAUCAUUCAUGAAGCAAUCAUCCAAAUAGUGUUUAGCAGUGUAAAUGAGGCUAAAUUCAAACAAGUUUUGUUAAUUUUGUGUACGGUAAUAGCUGACAAACAAGGAAUAACUGAGAUUAUCUUUUGCACAUAAAUAUUUUGAGUAAUUA